AUGAUUCACGCGGUACUCAUCUUCAACACCUCAGGCGUGCCGCGUCUGACCAAGUUCUACUCGCCCCUUCAUCGUUCUGCCCAGACGCUUGUGCAGAAGAUCUUCACACUUGUGUCGCCACGCCCAGCCGGGCUCUGUAACUUCCUCGAUGCACCUGAGCUCGAGGGGUUCCUCACCCCCCAAGAUGAAGUUGGCGAAAAACUGCGUGUGGUGUAUAGGAACUACGCAACACUGUAUUUUGUGUUCGUCGUAGACAGCGCCGAGAGCGAGUUGGGUAUUUUGGACCUGAUACAGGUCUUUGUCGAGUCUCUCGACCGGACGUUUGAGAAUGUAUGCGAGCUGGACCUAGUCUUCCACUUUGAUGAGGUUCACCACAUUCUAUCUGAGGUGAUACAGGGAGGCCUGGUAUUGGAAACCAAUGUAGAGGAAAUCGACCGUCGAGUUCGAGACAGCGCGAAGGCACGCAAGGAAUCGUACGCAUCAGCGAAUCCCCUUUCUCUUGGAGGCGGGGUUGUUGGCUCCAGGAAUUCAGGACUAUCAAGUCUCGGUUGGCUCACGGAUAAGCUGACGGGUGUAGGAGCAAGAUCAUGA